CGAAGAUAUCGCAAAGGUGUGUGAAGCGUCAGAGCAUGAAUCUAACAUCUAUCAGUUCCCUUUCUUUCUGGAAUUGCUGGAUGUCGGGAUACACAAGCAGGAUACUCAGUACAGGAGGAUGGGCGCGUGGUGUCGCACGCAUCCCUCUCAUCCGCAUCCACCUGCCCAUCUUGUGAGCGACAUCGUUUCUCCCUUCUUCCUCCAACCUAUCCACUCCCUCCCUUUCCCAUACCAGCGUCGCACACACUCCCCCCCUUCCAAGGUUCUCUCCCCCCAACAUCCCGUAGACUACCCAUUCCUUUCCGUCUGAUACUCCGUCAUCCUCCCUCUCUCCCUUCUCUCCCCAAAUAAUACUCCUCCUUCCACACUCCCCAACUACAACUACGCCGCACACCCGCAUCCGCAUCCGCAUCCGCAUCCGCGCAUCACAUCUCCUUUUAUUGGAACCCGACAACCACAAACCAUCUUUAGCUACGGGCUCCCCAGGGCAACGGGAGCGGGUAGCCGUUUACCCGCACGCCCGGAGCGCAUACCCAACC